CAAAAAUAAUUAUCAUAAUUAUUCCAACCAAUCAAUUGCUUCAAUUUUCAAAACUCCAUUACAGCAAUAACAAUAUAUAUACGUUACUACUACCCAUUCUGAUCAACAGUAGAUUUUCUUUUCCAUAAUUCAGAAACAUCAUUCUCUUAUUUUAAUGGAAGAUAUUGAAGUUCCUCACUAUUUCACAUGCCCAAUCUCGCUUCAAAUCAUGAAAGAUCCAGUAACAGUCAUAACCGGAAUAACAUACGAUCGAGAUAGCAUCGAACAUUGGCUAUUCAAACUACACAACCAAACUUGCCCCGUAACCAAACAGCCCUUACCCCUAAACUCUGACCUCACUCCUAACCACAAUCUCCGCCGUUUGAUCCAGUCAUGGUGCACCCAAAAUUCAGCACGUGGCAUUAACCGAAUACCAACACCAAAACCACCGUUGACCAAAGAUCAAAUCCUUAAACUCCUAAAAGAUCUCACCCUCCGCCGCCAACCCCAGAUAAAGAUCAUCAAACAGCUUCAAAAUCUCGCCGCCGAGAACGGAAGAAACUCCCAACUCAUGGCGGAAACUGGCGUUUUCGAACACAUGUUGUGUUUUAUAGUUACUUGUGUUGAUGAUCAAAACAACCAUGAUCAAGUCCUGAUCACUGAAGCUCUCAGUAUAAUUAAUCUUCUCAGACCACGGAUCUCUCCUGCCGAACUGGACCGGGUUCGGGCUCGAACCGAUCGGGUUAUGGACUCUCUGGCAUGGAUUUUGGGCUGCAGCUUUGUAGAAAAUCACGUUAAAGGUGAGAUUCUUACGUUGUUGAAGUUGUUCAUAGAAAAUUAUUCUAACCCUAGCGAGCUAGGUAGGCUGAAUCGGCAGUUCUUUGAGUACGUAGUAGGAGUUUUGAAGGGUAAUAUGGGAAAUAACGAUAAAUUUAUUGACAUUGCUUUGGAGAUUAUAAUGAGGAUUUGCCCUUUGGGAAGGAACCGGGUUACGUUGGUGGAAUCCGGGGCGGUUUUUGAGCUUGUGGAUAUCGGGUUCGGGUCGGGUGUGAGUAAUAAGAGGAUUGAGAUUGUUCUUGGUGUGCUUUUUCAGCUGUGUUGUUGUGCUGAGGGAAGAGCUGAGUUUUUGAGGCAUAAGGGAAGCAUUUUCUUUGUUUCGAAUAGGAUUUUUCGGCUUUCUUCAACGGCCGAUGAUCGGGCGGUUAAGAUACUUUCCCUGAUUUGUAGAUUCUCGGGAACCAAACAGGUGGUUCAGGAGAUGGUUGAGGUUGGAGCUGUUUUGAAGCUAUGUGUUUUGCUUCAAACUCAUGAGUGUGAUGAUUCUUUAAAGGAGAAAGCUAGGGAGAUUCUCAAGUCUCAUUAUGAAGAAUGGAAAAAUUCACCAUGUGUAGGGGAUCACUAUCCUUAUCUCAAUUCAACAUUAUCAUCAUGAGAUUAUUAUAUUGCACAGAUAGAGGUAAUAUAUAAAGAAGAAUAUCGAUUCUUAUAUCAAAUUUUGAAGGAAUUAUUUACAUUA